AUGAAGGUUUUCAUCUGCGGCAUCACCGGCAACCAAGGCUCCGCCCUCGCCCGUCUGCUGCUGCCCUCCAUCCCCGUCGUCGGGCUCACCCGGUCGCCCUCAUCAGCGCCCUCUCUUGCGCUCAUCUCCCUGGGCGCCGAGCUCCACACGGGCUCCUACACGACGCCCGGGGUGCUCGCGGCCGCGCUCGCCGACUGCACGGCGCUGUUCCUGAACCCGGUGCCGAGCAUGACGGACCCUUCCUCCGAGCUUCGCGACGGGCGCGCCAUCCUCGCCGCCGCCGCCCACAUCACCCACAUCGUGCACUCGACCGCCCUCGGCGUCGACAACGCCACGCACGCCCCCGACACGCUCGUCGCCAAGAUGCUGCACGAGAAGCACCUUGUCGAGGACGCCGUGCGCGCCGCCGCCGUGCCGUCGUGGACCAUUCUGCGCCCGGGCAACUUCAUGGCCAACUACGUGGGCGCGGCCGCCGCCGCGCGGCAGCAGGAGCUCGUGCAGACGGGCGUGUCCACCAGCGCGUUGACGCGCGACACGCUGCUGCCGCUGGUCGACGUCGCCACCAUUGCGGCGUUUGCGCGCGCGGCGCUGCUCGACCCCGCCCGGUUCCACGCCCAGGAGAUCGCGCUGGCCGACGAGCUGCUGACGCUCGACGAUGUGCUGGCCAAGCUGGGCGCGGCGGCGGGAAGGAAGAUGCGGGCAGACUACUUGGCCGAGGACGAGGUGGCGGCGCGCAGGGCGACGGACUUCAUGGUGGACAUGCAGUUUCUCAUGCGCGGGCUCGCGCGGUUCGUCGACGUCGACAAGGUCAAGAGCUGGGGCGUGCCGACGAGCUCCUUUGAUGCGUUUCUGGAGAGGGAGGCGGCGCUGGUCAAGGAGACAUAUGGUGCCGCAGGCGGGUCGGCAUAG